GCCCGGAGUCUCCCAGGCCUGAACUCCUCCCCAGGUCCCGGUCCCAGCCACGAGCCCGCGAGGACGCCAGAGGCCACCCCCCGGGGGUGGGGAGCGGAGCCGCGGGUCAGCUCUAAGAGCGUCCCGUGCUGGCCUGGCCGGCCCCGCCCCCGCCCCGGGCCAUGGCCCAGCCCUUGUCCCGGCCCCUCAUCCUAUCCCAAUCUCAGCCUUGGCCUCCAGCCACGCCCUCGUCCCGCUUCCCAAACCUGUCCAGGCCCAGGCCAGUGUCCCAGCGAAUGCCCAGGUCCAGGUCCCCACUCCAACCCCGGUCCCUGCCCCCAGCCUGGCCGCUAUCUCCGCCUCGGCCCUUGUUCCACCCCUUGUCACAAUUCCCAGCCCAGCAUCUGCCCCUGUCCCAUUCCCAACGUUUGCUUAAGCCCCUAGCCCAGCCCCAGCCUUUGAUUCCGUCUCCAUCACACCCACUCCUUCCAUCACACCUCCUGCCCUUGUUUGAGCCCCGGUGCUCAGUUCAGCGCCACCCAAUAGCUCAGUCUUUGCCCCCCUCUCUGUGUUUGCCCAAGUCUCUUCCACUGGGCCCCCGCCUAUCUCAUACUCUGCCCCUCUCCCAGCCUCGACUCAGGUCUGGGCUCCAGCUGCCACCAGCCCUAUUGCUGCUGUUGCUGUUUUCUGUCCUUGGUCCAGGGGCUGGAGGCCUUUUCCUGACUGAUUACUCCACCUGCUCGCCCCGCAAGCUCAGCCCGUUCCGCUCCUUUGCCAGUACUGAGCUCUUCCACUUCCGCGUCCCCGAGGACACGUUCCUGGCUGUUUGGAACCUCAUCAUCUUCAAGGAGCAGGGAGGAACCUUUGGGGACCACUGCCCAGACCAAAGUGUGACUGUGUAUUUCCGAUCUGGAGCACCUCCUGUCAUCAAUCCGCUGCACACACACUUCCCAGCAGACACGGCUGUGCCUGGGGUUUUCUCUCUGACCCUCAGCUGGACACUGCCCAACAGAACCUCGGGCAUCUUUAACGUCAGCAGUCCCUUACCUGGGGACUGGUUCUUGGCUGCCCACCUUCCCCAAGCCCAUGGCCACAUCUCUGUCAAGGGUCUCCAGGAUGAAUGCCAGUACCUCCUUCAGCCACAGCUGAUUGUUCGACGACUGCUGGAUGUGGCCGUCUUGGUUCCUGGCCGUCCCUCAGAGCAAACCCUCUCCUCUCAUAAUCGUUCAGCCUUGUACAAGGUCUUUGUACCCAGCUUCACUUACAGGGUUUCAGCCCAGCUGGUGUGUGUAGGGGGGCGAGGGGCGUCUGUCUGUCCCCUGACACUGCGCCUACGUCCCAAGGCCCCACCCCUACACAACUCAAGCUCUGUGACCUGUGGAGGGGCCUCCGUAUGCCAGCUGGAGCUGGCCCUGCCCCCCUGGGGCCACUGGGUCUAUGUACGCGUGGAGACACCAUCCCGUGGUCCUGGCAGGACUGUCCGCUUCCAGCUGUGUGUGCGCUUACAAGAGUGUCCACAACCCAGCCUGUCCCGUGCCUUGGUCCCUGGGGCUGCCAUGAACAUGCCCCAGUCACUGGGCACCCAGCCACUGUCCCUGGAGCCACCGUCCCUGGGGACGCCUAUAGAAGGGUCUGGAGCCAUGGCACCACCUGAGCACUGCUGGCCAGUGCGUCCGACGCUGCGCAAUGAGCUGGACACCUUCUCUGUCCACUUCUACAUCUUUUUCGGUCCCAGUGUGGCUCUUCCACCGGAGCGCCCAGCCGUGUUUGCCCUGAGGCUGUUGCCAGUUCUAGACAGUGGGGGCGUCCUUAGUCUGGAGCUCCAGCUCAAUGCGAGCUCUCUGCGCCAGGAAAAUGUAACAGUAUUCGGAUGCCUGACUCACGAGGUGCCCUUGAGCCUGGGGGAUGCUGCUGUGACCUGUUCCAAAGAGUCCCUGGCAGGUUUCCUUCUCUCGGUCAGUGUCACCUCCAGAGUGGCCAGGCUGCGAAUCCCAUUCCCACAGACGGGGACCUGGUUCCUGACCCUCCGUUCUCUGUGUGGGGUGGGACCUCGGUUCGUGCGGUGCCGCAACGCAACAGCUGAAGUGCGCCUGCGCACCUUCUUGUCCCCGUGUGUGGAUGACUGUGGGCCCUAUGGCCAGUGCAAGCUGCUGCGCACCCACAACUACCUGUACGCCGCCUGCGAGUGCAAGGCUGGGUGGCGGGGCUGGGGUUGCACAGACAGUGCCGACGCGCUCACCUAUGGGUUCCAGCUGCUGUCCACACUCCUCCUCUGCCUGAGCAACCUCAUGUUUUUGCCACCCGUGGUCCUGGCCAUUCGGAGCCGAUAUGUGCUGGAAGCUGCUGUCUAUACCUUCACCAUGUUCUUCUCCACGUUCUACCACGCCUGUGACCAGCCAGGCAUUGUGGUCUUCUGUAUCAUGGACUACGACGUGCUUCAGUUCUGUGACUUCCUGGGCUCCCUAAUGUCCGUGUGGGUCACUGUCAUUGCCAUGGCUCGUCUGCAGCCUGUGAUCAAGCAGGUGCUGUAUUUGCUCGGGGCUAUGUUGCUGUCCAUGGCUCUGCAGCUUGACCGCCAUGGACUUUGGAACCUGCUUGGACCCAGUCUCUUCGCGCUCGGGAUCUUGGCCACAGCUUGGACAGUUCGCAGCGUCCGGCGCCGGCACUGUUACCCGCCGACAUGGCGCCGCUGGCUCUUCUACCUGUGCCCAGGCAGCCUGAUUGCCGGCAGUGCCAUCCUGCUGUACGCUUUUGUGGAGACCCGGGACAACUACUUCUACAUUCAUAGCAUCUGGCACAUGCUCAUCGCUGGCAGUGUGGGCUUCCUGUUGCCUCCUCGGGCCAAGACUGACCACCGGGUCCCUUCCGGAGCCCGGGCCAGGGGCUGUGGUUACCAGCUGUGCAUCAAUGAACAGGAGGAGCUGGGCCUUGUGGGCCCAGGAGGGGCCACUGUCAGCAGCAUCUGUGCCAGCUGAGGGGGCUUUGGGCCAAGCUCUGAGGGGUAUGAACCUGCCUAGGGUUCCUCCGGGGGCUCCGGAACCCACCUAGGUACAGGGGACAAGUUGUGUUUCUUAACGACACACAGUCUUUCUCAAGGAUGACUGUUUUCAGGGACCAGGAGGUUUUUCUAAGAUAUGGAGAACUUCUUAAGAGCCCAGAGUCCUCCUGUGUUCAUGGAGUCUUAAGGAUGAGCUAUGCAGGACACUGGGCCCUUGAGGACCAGGGAGUCCCUAGGGGUGUGGAGCCCUCCCCAGGCAUAGGAGCCUUCCUACAGACGAGAGAUACUUCCCACGGAGACAAACUUUCAUCCACAAUGUGUCAUCAGUACAGGGGGAAGCAGGAGUCCAUCCUGGAGGAAAGUCACCAGAUUUUCCCAGUGGCUCACAGGAUUGACCUUGGGCUGCUGGGCUGGGCUCUAAGAGAGAUGGGGCUGGCACUGCCAGGCAGCUGGUGCCCAAUGUGGUACAGGUGGAGUCUGGGAUGUCUCCAAUGAAGUCUGUGCUGAGUCUGUGCUGCCGUUUUUUCCCUUGUGGGGUCAGGGUGUGGGGAGGUGGGGAAGGGGGACACUGAGGAAAUCCUGAGAAUGACAGGGACCUUCCUGGAGAAGAUGCUGGAGCCACUCGCUGCCAGUGGCUUCCGCCCUGUGGCUUGUACACUGGCUUCCCUCUCAUGUGUCCCUCCCUGACGCCCGUUUCCCAAUUGCUAUGGAUCCUAGUCUGGAGUCAUGAAGAGGGUGUGUGUAUCCGUGUGUGAGCGUGCUGGCUGUGUAUACAGAGAUGAAUUAGUGAGACAGACUUCCCCAUGCCGCCUACACACACACAGGGAAGCUAAGGUUCCAGGAAAUUAGAGUAACAGGUACAAAUUUUAGAUGUAGAAGGCAUCACAAGAAUGGAACUACUAUUUUAAGCUUCCAUUUUUUUCUUGCAUGCCAGAAAUAAUCUUGUAUAAAUUGAGAUUUCAUUUCUUUGUGUGUGUGUGUGUGUGUGUGUGUGUGUGUGUGUGAGAGAGAGAGAGAGAGAGAGAGAGAGAGAGAGAGAGAGAGAGAGAAUAUCUCUAUGUAUAUAGUUUGUUUUGGCUUAAAUCUCGUGAUCCUCUGGGUCCUGGAAUCACAGACAUGGACACCAUACCUGGCAGCUGGACUUGUUCUUUUCCCAUGGGUUCAUAGCUGAGCUUUGAGGAUGUUGUCUUACACUGAGAUACUAGAACAUUCUUUCUGGUCCCCAGUAUCCAUACUUUACCCACUUCUGAGAGUUCAGUCCAUUCACCUGGUUCCCAGUCAGCAGUCAGACAGGCUGCUAAAUGCUGAGAAAUUUCUUGUUCUGUCUGCAUAGCCCCGAGUUCCUGUACCCCAGUUCUGUGCCACAUGAGAAGUUCUUGAUUGGCUACUCAGACACAGCGUGACGUCGGUUCUCCUCCGGGGUCCUGUGCUGGGGUUUACUUGAUAAGGCAAAUGAUGGGUGGUUUUCUCUUUUGAGCUCCGUAGAUGGAGCCAGGGGCUCUGCUCCUGUCUCUCUAGGCAACCUGGGACAGUGCUCACACUUCUUCCCUCCCCUCACCCCUCCCACUUGUCAGUCUGGAGCAGGAGCCAGUUUCACAUUUCUACCAAAUCUUCUCUCUGUGCCUUAAGUCCUUCCUAUUCUCUUCACAGCCCAGGCCUUUGAAGCUCAAAGCCUAGACAAUACCACUUUAUUCUUUAUUCUCUGUAAUAAAAUCUCUUCCCUGAGGCACCGAGUACAGAAUAAAGUAGCUGGCUGAGUGGCUAGGAGUGCUGGUGUGUGGCCGGGCGUCCGUUCCUGGAUUAAAAGUGCUAUUCUUGGGCCAGGUAUGGUGGUGCAUGCCUUCAACCCCAGCAUUCUGGGGGCAGGAGCUGUGAGGUAGCGUGAGUGAGAGCCAGCCAAGGUUACAUAGAUCCUCUCUUAAAGAAAAGUAAAAUAAAAUGGCUGGACAAAUGG